AAAGAAAUAAAAUGAUGCCACGGUGGCAUUUGCCUGGGGACAGCGACAGCUCCUGGCUCAGCGCUGUGGCAGGAUGGAAUGCAAAGGGAUAAAGCGGGCAGUGCUGCCUCCCGAGCUGGGAAGGGGGCUCAGAGGGGAAGGCACGGCCGCUUCUGAACAGCUUCUUGGCAGAAACGGGGAGCGCUUGGUGGGGGAAGGAUCUCUUGGGAGCUGCCCAGUUGCUUCUUCAGCAUCGCUGCCUGAGGAAGGGUGCUGGGUGAGCUGAACCCCCGGCCUUGGUUGAAGGGGCCGUUCUGGGCUCGCAUGACCAUCUGUCAGCCAUGGUCUGUAUGGAGUGAAGGAGCCCGGUGUGGGGAGCAGGGCUUUUCUCAGUUGUCUUAGGCACCCGCUCGCCUUGAAGCAAGCGUCCCAGUCUGUAAAUGGGGCAGCGGGACGUGGGAUGGCCAGGGUGUUCAGUCAAAGCAGUGAGGAGACAGCUGCUGGUGUUGGGCUCUGUGAGGAGUUCACCUGGAGCCUCUCCAGGCCUUGUGUUCAGGGUUAUUUGGUAUGUGGAAAUACGGAGGAAGAUGUUUUGUCCCGUUUGAAAACGGUUACAUUUCUGUGUGCCGGCAUUUGUAGGAGACACCUAGGAGCAGAGCACGUUGUUUCUUUGCCACACGAGGCUGGAUACGCUCUCCGUGCCUUCGCUUGUCCAUUUGCGCUGUGCUUCCAGGACCCCUUCGUUCUGCUCAAGCAUGAAGAGCACCCGCAGCAGCUCCUCCUUCCAGGGCGCCAGUUCUGGCGGUGUGGAUCUGAGCCUGACGGGUCUCCCUGUGCCGGUCUCGCGGCGCCCCAGCAGCGCUUCUCCCGCCAAGCACAUGGCACGCUCUGUCUCGGUCACCGCCGACGGCAAACCGAAGAGGAACGCUUUGGAAGAUGCGGGAUCCCGGGCAAUGAACAACCUCCGGAGGUCCAACAGCACCACCCAGGUUAACCAGCGGGUGAACAGCACGCGCAGCUCAGAGCAGAUGGGAGACUUCCUGACUUUCUUUGAGAGUGGUUCUGGGGGAAGAAAGAAACUGGCGAGUCUGAGCAAAACCUCCCCAGAAAAGAAAACCACGUGGAACAUCUUGGACGAUCAGCCGCGAGCAUUCCCAGGCCCCUCUGGCUCUCGUGGCGUUGAGCCACCAGCAGGGAUGAGGAGGAAAGAAGCCACUGUACUCCUGGCAGCCAACUUCACCGCCAACAACAGGAGCAACAAGGGCGCGAUGGGCAACUGUGUCACCACCAUGGUGCACAACAACUACUCCACCACUGAGAAGGGCCCCGCACCCAAAAGCUCCAACCAGGCACCCAGUUCCCUCAACAAUGUUGUCAAAGCGACCUCAAACGAGGACGGUGAAAGCAGCAGCUUUGUGAAGUCUCAGAAGAAUUUCUCCAGCAACAACAUCAUGACCCGCAACAACAACAGCAGCCUGCCUCGGAGGAAGGAGGUGACCGAGGAAGAGGCGGAGAGGUUCAUCCAGCAGGUGAGCCUGGCCGCCGUGACCAUCCAGCGCUGGUACCGACGCCAUUCACAACGGCACAGGGCAGCAGCAGCAGCUCUGGGGCGCUUGCUGGCUUCCAAAAGGGAGGAAAGGCAGCAGCAGAUGGAGGAAGGGAAUAUCCUGGAUUUGCAUGAGAGGAAGGAUGAGGAACGCCGGAAGAUUCGAGAGGAGAAGGCACGCCUGGCCCGACGUGCUGCUAUCCAGGAACUGCACCAGAAAAGGGCCCAAAAGGCUUCAGAUGCAAAGCGCUUGGCAGAAGAAGAGCUUGCGCGGGUGAAGGAGAGCAGAAGGGUAGCAAAGAAGAAGCCUGCCAAACCUGCUUCUACAAGGAACGUCAGUCCAGCCAGCAGCGUCGCCAAAGCCAAUAAUGCUGAGGCCAAUUUCCACUCAGUAGCUGCAGAGCCAGAAGAAAGUGGCCUCGCAGACCUUGGCUCCGUGCUCUUGCGGGACCCUGGGGCAGACGACAAGCUGCAGGAUGUGAGCUCCAGAGAGACGGGUGGCGAGGAUGUGGAGACAGUGGUGACUGCUAUCAGCAGGACUCAGUCCAAGGUCACUCUCAAUGAGCUGCUGGACACACUCAGGCUGUUGGAGGAAGAGCCAGAGCUGCUGCCCCCACCAAAGCUCUUCAAGAAGGACAGAUAUGCCUGGGUAGAUGGGCAGGAGGCCAGCUCCAAUUCCCUGACUGCUGAUAAUUUGGAGAAGUUUGGGAAGCUGAACCACUCCCCGGGGGUCCCUGAGGAUGGGGCUCUGCUCUCGGAGGCCAAGCUCCAAAGCAUCAUCAGUUUCCUGGAUGAGAUGGAGAAGUCGGAACAGGAGAGGCCCAGGUCGGCCGCCUCGGCCACGCAGCGGGAGGGUCUCCUCUUGGAAGAGGAGCUGGCUCACUUGGAGCAGGCAUCGGCUGUUGCCACAGAGGUCACAGGCUCCAUCAUGAGGCUGAAGCUGGAAGUGGAGGAGAAGAAGCGAGCCAUCAGCCUGCUACAGACGGCCCUGGCUCAGCAGAGGGAACUGACUAUCCGGCACGUCAAACAGACUGAGAAGGAGCUCAGCCACCAGCUCAGGCUGCAGAGGGAACAGUAUGAGGCAGCUAUCCAAAGGCAUCUGGCCUUCAUCGACCAGCUCAUUGAUGACAAGAAAGUGCUGAGUGAGAAGUGUGAGGCUGUGGUAGCUGAGCUGAAACAAGUGGACCAGAAGUACGGCAAGAAGAUCACCCAGAUGCAGGAGCAGCACGAGCUGGAGAUUAAGAAACUGAAGGAACUGAUGAGCGCAACUGAGAAAAUCAGGCGGGAGAAGUGGAUUGAUGAGAAAACCAAAAAGAUCAAAGAAAUCACAGUGAAAGGGCUGGAGCCGGAGAUCCAGAAGCUCAUCGCCAAACACAGGCAGGACAUCAGGAAGCUGAAGAUGCUGCACGAGGCCGAGCUGCUGCAGUCGGAUGAGCGGGCUGCCCAGCGCUACGGCCGGCAGGCAGAGGAGCUGCGGGGUCUGCUGGAGCGGGAGAAGGAGGAGCAGAGCCAGCGGGAGAGGGAGCGGGCCCGGCAGCGGUGUGAGCAGCAGCUGGAGCAGGAGGAGCAGGCGCUGCAGCAGCAGCGGCGCCGGCUCUACGCCGAGGUGGCCGAGGAGAAGGAGCGGCUCAGCCAGCAAGCGGCCAGGCAGAGAGCGGAGGUGGAGGAGCUGCGGCGGCAGCUGGAGGCGAGCAGCUCGGCCGUCACCAGGGCACUGAAGGAGGAGUACGCAAAAGAGAAGGAGGAGCAGGAGAGGCGGCAUCAGGCAGAAGUGAAGGUGCUGAAGGACCGGCUGGAGAUGGAGAAGCAGGCCUGGGAGGCACACUACAUGAAGAAGGAGGAAGCCUGGCUGCUCUCCCGGGAGCGGGAGCUGCGGGAGGAGGUGAGGAAGGAGAGAGACAAAGAGAUCGAGUUGGUGAUUCAGCGCCUGGAGGCCGACAUGUCCUCAGCCAAGGAGGAGUGUGAGAGGGCAGCAGAGAACAGGAUUAAGAGGAUCCGAGACAAGUACGAGGUAGAGCUCCAGGAGCUAGAGAGGUCUGAGCGGAAGCUGCAGGAGCGCUGCAAUGAGCUGAAGGGGCGGCUGGCAGAGCUGGAAGGGGAGAGCAUUCGUCUGCAGGGCCUGCUGAAGCACAAGGAGCAGGAGGUGGAGGAGAUCCAGAAGGUGAGGGACCAGCUGGCCCAGGAGCGGAGCAGCCUGGCAGAAGUGAUCCGGCAGGAGUUUGCUGACAGGCUGGUGGGGACAGAGGAGGAGAACAAGCAGCUAAAGGCGGAGAUGGCGGAGAUGAGAGCCCGGCAACGCCUGGAGCUGGAUAGGGUGGUGCAGGAGAAGGACAAAGAGCUGGAGGAGGUUCACAGGAGGGUGAAGACGGCGGUGAUGAGGAAGGAGGAGAGCGUGAGCAGCCUUCGGAAGCAGUACGAAGCGGCUAUGCAGAGAGCCGACCGCCUGGAAGCCCUCCUGGAGCAACAGCGAAAGCAGCUGCUGGCCACCAAGUGACCACCCUGCCGCACAGGGCUGGGGGUGCUCCGGGGCCCCCGCUGGACCUGCGCUCGG